AUGGAAUUGAACCUUGCAGCUGCCUCUGUGAAGGGUUCAAAGCAAGAGAUUUGCAGGUUGUUUAUUUCUGUUUAUGCUCAGUACUUGCCUCCUAAAUUUGCACGAACUAUGUCAUCCUUGGUUGAUCGUAAAACUCUUCUUGAGGAUUCAAGUGGACAGCGGUGGAAGGUGACUUUAUCCAAUCAUGAAGGGUCACUUGCUUUUCAAGAGGGAUGGCAUUCAUUUUGCCACGACCAUGGUCUGGAAGUGGGAGAUUUCUUGGCAUUCUAUUACAUUAGGGGAUCCCACUUCAUUGUUCAUAUAUGGGGAACAAGUGGCUGUGAAAAAUUGAACAAUUAUGGAGAACACGGCCAUCGAAAGAAGAAAAUCAAGACUAAAAGAAAUUCAGCUGCUCAAGACGGACAGUGCCACAUGACUGAUAAAAAUUUGACGAACAAACAGGGUUCUAGUACUUCAGUUGAAAUGGGGUCAAACACUGAAACAAGACAAGGGCAACCAAUUGCCAUUGAUAAUACUUCAAACUUUAAUAGUGGUAAUGAAAGGCUUCAACUUGUUUCCACCACCGAAUACCGUGAAGAACCAUUUUAUAUGAUAAAUAGAGAUGUUGGAUGCCACCAAGAAGAAGACAGGACAUGCUUAUAUGACUUGUCCAAAUUUGAAAUGCAGAGGAGCAGAUCGGUUGCUGAUGGAACCAACAAAGUUCCAGGAGGAGAUGAAACAUGCCCUCACCAUGCGGACACAAUGCUGAAAUCUCAGACUGAUGCAGGGUUAGUCGAUGAGGAUUUAGGAGAUAUCAGAAUAACUAGUCAGGUAGCACCUCCAGAUGCAGCUGAUGGCACAGUGAUUGAGAAAACUAACGAUCCUGGAUUGUCAGACUUCUCUAGCCGUUCUGUCUCCAUUUCAAUUCUCAAGAGUCACUCUGGUUUGAGUCACUCUACUUGGAGCUGUCUUGUAUUUUCAUAG